GUAACGUUACUGAACUUCAUGAUAACUUCAGAAGGAAUACAGGAUCAGCUUCUUGGAAUUGUAGUUGCAAGAGAGAGGCCAGAUCUUGAAGAGGAAAAACAAGCCCUCAUCCUUCAAGGGGCUGAGAAUAAAAGGCAGCUAAAAGAAAUAGAAGACAAGAUUUUAGAAGUUCUUUCAGCCUCAGAAGGAAAUAUUUUGGAGGAUGAAACUGCUGUUAAGAUAUUGUCUUCUUCCAAAGUUCUGGCUAAUGAGAUUUCUGAAAAGCAAGCUUUAGCUGAAGAGACAGAAAAGAAGAUUGAUGCUACUCGUAUGGGCUAUCGUCCUAUUGCUAUCCAUUCGUCAAUCUUGUUUUUUUCUAUUGCUGAUCUAGCCAACAUUGAGCCAAUGUACCAGUAUUCACUCAUGUGGUUUAUUAACCUUUUUAUCAUGUCUAUAGAUAAUUCGGAGCGAUCAGAAGUUUUACAAACAAGGUUGAAGAUUCUCAAGGAUCAUUUUACUUACUCACUUUAUGUCAAUGUCUGUCGCUCCCUUUUUGAAAAGGACAAGCUACUCUUCUCAUUUUGUCUAACUGUGAAUCUCCUGAAAUAUGAAAGAUUGAUUAAUGAAAAUGAGUGGAAAUUUCUGUUGACUGGAGGCAUUGGUUUGGACAAUCCCUUUUCUAAUCCAUGUACCUGGCUUCCUCCAAAAUCAUGGGAUGAAAUUUGUCGACUAGAAGAUUUGCCAGGCUUCACAAACAUUCGUACGGAUUUUACACGACUGAAGGAUGGGUGGAAAUUGGUAUAUGACAGCUUGGAUCCCCAGCAUGAGGAUUUACCUGCAGAGUGGCAAGAAAAGUUGGGGGAGUUCCAAAGGAUGCUUAUCAUUCGCUGCCUGAGACCUGACAAAAUAAUACCAAUGGUGCAGGAAUUUAUCAUUCACAACCUGGGCCGUCCAUUUAUUGAGCCACCUCCGUUUGAUUUAUCAAAAGCAUUUUCUGAUAGUCAUUCUUGUGCACCACUGAUAUUUAUACUUUCUCCUGGUGCUGACCCCAUGGCAGCCCUUGUGAAGUUUGCUGAUGAUCAGGGAUAUGGUGGUGCAAAGCUUAGUUCUCUGUCACUUGGUCAAGGCCAAGGCCCAAUAGCCAUGAACAUGAUAGAGAAGGCAGUAAAGGAAGGAACAUGGGUAGUUCUACAAAAUUGCCAUCUAGCGAGUUCAUGGAUGCCUAUACUGGAAAGAGUCUGUGAGGAGCUAAAUCCUGAUACAACUCAUCCAGAUUUCCGAAUUUGGCUCACCAGUUACCCUUCUGCCACGUUCCCAGUCUCUGUACUUCAGAAUGGAGUGAAGAUGACUAACGAAGCACCAAAAGGUUUACGGGCCAAUAUAAUUCGUUCAUACCUGAUGGAUCCAAUAUCUGAUCCCGACUUUUUCAACAGCUGCAGAAAACCUGUUAGUAGUUUCAAGACAUUGCUGUACGGCCUCUGCUUCUUCCACGCAGUAGUGCAAGAAAGACGGAAUUUUGGACCGUUGGGUUGGAACAUACCAUACGAGUUCAAUGAGACUGACCUGCGCAUCAGUGUGCAGCAGCUGCACAUGUUCCUUGACCAGUAUGAGGACGUGCCAUAUGAUGCUCUUCGCUAUAUGACUGGAGAAUGUAAUUAUGGUGGCAGAGUCACUGAUGACUGGGAUCGGCGUACGCUCCGUAAUGUUCUAAACAUGUUCUAUUCCUCGGAAAUUAUUACAAAUGUUGAUUACAAAUUUGAUCCAAGUGGCCUUUAUUUUGCUCCUCCUGAAGGAGAUUACCAAAGCUAUAUUGAAUAUACAAAGACCCUUCCACUGAAUCCUUCCCCAGAGAUAUUUGGAAUGAACGCAAAUGCUGAUAUUACCAAGGAUCAGUCAGAAACGCAACUGUUAUUUGAUAACAUUCUUCUUGCACAGGCAUCUGGUGGUGGUGCAAAAUCCACUGAUGAAGUUGUUCAUGAAGUCACAGGUGACAUCCUGAGCAAACUUCCACCAAAUUUUGACAUUGAAGCAGCAAUGAGAAGAUAUCCAACCACUUAUACUCAAAGCAUGAAUACUGUGCUUGUCCAAGAGAUGGGUCGCUUUAACAAGUUAUUGCAGACAAUAAGGGACUCCUGUGUUAACAUCCAAAAAGCAAUAAAGGGGCUAGUAGUGAUGUCUGCUGAACUGGAAGAAGUGGUAAACAGCAUUCUGAAAGGCAAAAUUCCGGGACUGUGGAUGAGUAAGUCUUACCCAAGCCUCAAACCUCUGGGCAGCUAUGUGAAUGACUUCCUUAGUAGACUGAAGUUCUUACAGCUCUGGUAUGAAAAUGGACCUCCACCAGUCUUCUGGAUUUCAGGACUCUUCUUCACUCAAGCAUUCUUAACAGGUGCCCAGCAGAACUAUGCCAGAAAAUACACCAUUCCAAUAGACCUACUAGAAUUUGACUAUGAAGUGCUGGAAGAUAAAGAGUAUGAAAUUGCUCCUGAAGAUGGGGUCUACAUUCAGGGAUUGUUCUUGGAUGGAGCGCGCUGGAACAGGCAAACUAAGAAGCUAGGAGAAUCUCAUCCAAAAGUCCUCUAUGAUACAGUACCUGUGAUAUGGCUAAAGCCGUGUAAGAGAGCAGACAUUCCACAGCGACCAAGUUACCUGGCCCCAGUGUAUAAGACCAGCGAGAGAAGAGGGAUCCUGUCAACUACAGGCCAUUCCACCAACUUUGUCAUCGCAAUGACUCUCCCAUCUGACAAACCACAAGAACACUGGAUCAGACGGGGUGUGGCGUUAUUAUGUCAGCUUAACUCAUAA